AGUGUAUAAGUGGAAAUCAGUCAAAAGUUGACCUCAUUAAUAAUUUUUGUGUUUACUGCUAUCGAUUUCAUAAUUUUGUAAUACUUAAAAAAAUAUUCGCUUUUUUAAGAUUUAACGGUAAAAUUGUGUGAAUAAAAAUUUGCAGAAAAGUUUUUUUGCAAGUCUUUUGACGAAUACGUCACAGCGCCAUGUUGUAUUCCUGCGCUGAUUGCAGGCACGAGAAAUCUGCCAACCCGUUUAUUUUUUGGGAUUAGUUCCCGAGAAUAAAUCGAACUGCGAUUUUGUACUCAAAUAUAUUUGAAUUUAUAUUUGUUGGCAAAUGUUAUAGACUUUAGUGUAUUCGAUGCAUCCCAGUUGUCGCAUUUUGAGUGUUAACUCCUAAUUUCAACUGCAGUUUUGUGCAUCCGCGAAAGUUGAAAGGACUGUGUUGUAAAAGAAAGAAGUGAUAAUUAGCCAAAAUUCCGGUCCCUACGCGUAGACGAGAAGGUGCCUACCCGCCGGGGCAGUCAGGCGAAGGAGAUAUGAACAAUAAACGAAAAAAUCGCCAAGGGCCACCGAGAUCGCCGCGGGGCCGCGUCGUGGCCGAGGGUGUUUACAAUAACGCACACUUCAUGCACGCGGCCACGUCGCACGUCGGCGACAUCGUGCAAGUGCUCACACAGUCGGGCAGCCUGUGGGAGGGCGUGUUCAAAACUUUCAGCGCUCAGUUUGAGGUGGUACUAGAAGUAGCGCACCGCGUGGACCAAGAGGGCGUUGUGGCCGUGGACUCAGUGGUGGAGAAGCUGAUCUUCAAACCGCAGGAUGUGGUGUCGAUCCGCGCCAAGGACUCGGACCUCGAGUACGCGACGCACGAUGUGUUUCAAACAGACAGCGCGAUAUCUAGCAAGUUUAAUGGCAACGGGCGCUCAGCGGAGGAGCGGCAGCUAGAGCCGUGGGACGGCUGCGACGGCGACGCCGGCGACACGCCCUCGCUGAACGGUGACGCGCGCCUCGACGACCUGGAGCUGGACCGCGCGAACGGCUGGGACGCGAACGACAUGUUCCGCAAGAACGAGGAGGUGUACGGCGUGCACAGCACGUACGACCACUCGCUGGCUGGCUACACGGUGCAGCUGCAGCGGAAAGACACGCAGGACUAUAGGGAAGCAGAAGCCAAAGCGGAGGAGAUAGCGGCCGAAAUCGAGGGCGCGGCGACGUACAAGGCGCGCAUCGAACUGGAGAACGGCGACGAGGAGGAGCGGUUCGCGGCCGUGCUGCGCCCGCCGCAGGAGCAGCCCAAGUACGUCAUACCGAACAAGAGGAAGAACGGACAGCAGCAGCAGCAAGCGGGCAAGCCGGUGAAGGGCGGCGGCGGCGGCGCGGGCGGGGGCGGGUCGCCGGGCGCCAAGCGCGACAAGGAGCCGCGCCCGCCCCGCCACCACCUCACCCCGCCCGCCGACCAUGUGGUGACGAGUCCGGCGGGCGCGGGCGCGGGCGCGGGCGCGGGCGGCGCGGCGGGCAACAAGAGCUACGCGGCGCAGGCGGCCGGCCACCACGCGCCGCCCUUCCCGCACCACGCACACGCGCCAUCAAACAACAAAAUGAACGGCGAGCCCCGGACGCCGGUGCCGGCGCGGCAAGGCUUCCCGCCGCACCACCACCACAGCGGAGCGUCAGAGCCACCGAGUCGAGGCGGGCGCGGGCACGCGCCGCCGGACCCUCGGGAGCCACGGGACCCUCGGGAACCGCGAGACCCCCGGGAACAGAGGGAUCCCAGAGACCAGCGCGAUCCCAGAGAGCCGAGAGACCCAAGGGAACAAAGGGACCCACGGGACCAGCGAGAUAUCAGAGAACAGAGGGACCCAAGAGAACAAAGAGACCCCAGAGAGCAGAGGGAUCCCAGGGAACAGAGAGACCCGAGAGAACAAAGAGAUCCAAGGGAUCAACGGGAUCCCAGAGAGCAAAGGGAGAUUAGGGAACAGAGAGAUUCCAGAGAACCUAGAGAACCGAGAAGGCAAGAUGAACUACAGGAGCUGCGCAAGUUCGGGCAGGAGUUCAAGUUGGUGUCUGGUGCGGUGGGAGUGGGCGUGGGCCCGGCGAGUAUCGUGGGCGUGGCCGUAGGCGUGGGCGCCGCGCCGACCGCGCCCACGGCGCCGCCCGUUCAACCGCUGCAACCGCCGCCGCACAACCCACAGCCGCCGACUCAACCGUGUCCCGUGGCGCCCAGUCCACCGGAGGUGUCGGCUAAUGUGGGACCGCCGUCGGAACCUCACAAGCGACCGGCCAGAGCACCAGAACAUCACAAGCCAGCGGCGGCGGCGGCGGUGGCUGGGGCGGGGGCGGCGGGUGCGCCGAAGGCGGAGGAGGCGGAGGAGCGCGGCGCGUCGCCGCGGGACGGCGCGUCGCCCAGCGUGGAGCGCGCCACGGCCACGCUCAAGAAGUCCACGCUCAACCCCAACGCCAAGGAGUUCAACCCGAGCGCGAAGCCCUUCACGCCGCGCAGCCCGACCACGCCCUCGCACAGCAGACCGCACACGCCGAGCACGCCGAUGGGUGUGGGCGGCGUGGGCGUGGGUGGCGUCGGUGUGGGCGUGGGGCUCGGCGGUGUGGGCGUAGUGGGCGCCGGCGUGAGCUACGUGCCCGCACCGCCGCCCGGACCGCACAUGAUGGCCGCGAUGCCGUACGCGAUGAUGGCGGCGGCCGCGGCCGCGUCGCAGCAGCCGCCCGCCUACCUGCCGCAUCCGCAUCCCCCGCCGAACGGUCACGUGGAGAUGGGUUGCGAUGGGUGCCGGCAGUACGGCGCGCCGAUACUGCUGCUCGCCGACAAGCGCGACCGGCACGGGCACGAGGCGAUAUACGGAGCGGCGAUGGGCGGCGGCGCUGCGGUGGCCGGCGGGGCCGGUCAGCACGCGCCGAUACCUACACAGCCGCAGAGAAACUUCAGAAAGGGCAUGCAAGUGGCGACGGCGACGGGCCAGCCGCUGCUGGCGCCGGCGCCGAUGCAGCCGUUCGUGCCCUACCCGCACCCGCACCCGCACCCCGCGCCGCCGCAGCCCGCGCUGCAGUACCCGCACAUGGUGCGCAUGUACCACGGCGGCGGCGUCGGCGUCGGCGGCGGCGUCGGCGUCGGCGGCGGCGGCGCGGCGGAGGGGUACGCGCCGGCCGCGUCGCCCGCCGCCGCGUCGCCCGCGCUGUACCCGCCGCCGUCGCCCGCGCACACGCCGCACCCGCACCCGCACGCGCACGCGCACCACCCGCCGCACCACCACUACCAGCAGCCGCCGUUCCAGGUGCUGUGCCCGCUCAUGGGGCCGGGCGGCGGCGCGCACCACCACCACCACCACCACGUGGCGUACCUCAACCACGCGCCGCCCACCGCCUCGCCGCCGCACCACCCCCACCACCCGCACCCCGUUCAGCAAGUGCUGCUGCCGCCGCAGCAGCCCUCCGGCGGUUCGAGCACUCCGGGCGUGCACUCGUCCCACCCGUAGGGCGCGGCGGCCCGGCCCCGCGCGCGCCGCGCCCCGCCCCGCGCCCCCGCCGCGCCCCG